AUGGCGUUGCAUGCUGCUCUUUGGAUGCACGUCGUACACUACCCCCGCCGCCGGCUAUCUUCGCCGCCCUUGCUUCUCGUAGCCUGCCUUGCCGUCCUUGUGCUGCCGCAGCCGAUGCUCUCCCGGACGGCGGCGGCGACGUCGACGGUGGUCACCCACCUGCCGGGAUUCGAUGGCCCUCUUCCCUUCUACCUGGAGACCGGGUACGUGGGGAUAGAGAAGGAGACCGGGGCGGAGCUGUUCUACUACUUCGUGGAGUCGGAACGGAGCCCGCGCACGGACCCCUUGCUCCUGUGGCUGACGGGCGGGCCCCGGUGCAGCGUCUUGAGCGCACUUGCGUUUCAGAUUGGCCCUUUGAAGUUUGUUGUGGAACCAUAUGACGGCACACUGCCAAGAUUGGUCUACAAUCCGUAUUCCUGGACACAGAUGGCAAGCAUUCUCUUCCUAGACUCGCCUGUUGGUUCUGGUUUCUCUUACGCACACGAUCCCAAAGCUUAUGAAGUUGGAGACAUCUCAUCUUCUAGGCAGGUCUUGACAUUUUUGAGAAAGCUCAUGUCAGAAGUUUAUGUAAUGAACAUAUUGCAACCAACAUGUCAUAUUCCUUCACGGAAACAGAGAGGUACUCUGGAAGGUUUGUUGUCUCUAGCUGAGGAACACUACCACUAUCAACUUAGUGGCGCACCUGAUGAACCUCCGUUUGAUUGCUUCUAUGACUACCGCUACUACCUGUCCUACUUUUGGGCCAAUGACAAUGCCGUUGGAGCUGCUCUUGGAGUCAAGGAGGGAACAGUGACAGAAUGGAUUAGGUGCAAAUCACCUCCAGUUCUUCCUUAUGCGUGUGAUCUUCCCAGCAGCAUAAAAUACUUUUUCAACCUCAGCAUUAGAGGAUACCGCGCUCUUGUAUAUAGUGGAGACCAUGACCUCGUCGUACCAUUUUCGGGCACACAAGCAUGGACGAGGUCCUUCAAUUUCUCCAUAGUUGAUGAUUGGAGAGCUUGGCACCUUGAUAACCAGGCAGCAGGGUUAACUUCUCUUGUUGUGCUCCUGCAUUCUAGUCUUCAAUCUCUCUAUAUAUAG